UCACACCCUUUUGCGUCACUGAAUGGAUACAACUGAAGUGUUUAUGUCCCAUCUUCCCAGAAAGCAGGACAUUAGCCACAUCCGUCGCCAGUUUCACACAUAACGUUCCUGACGAAGAUAAGGAUGCUCGCGAGUACCUACGGAUACCAAGCCAGUGCCCUCAUGCAGACCACGCCCCCCUUGACCCCCGUGUUAAAAGAGGCUAUACUGGCACACAGAGUAACAAGUGGCGUUAUGGAGUGUGCCAAGCUCCUCAGCUGUAACCCUGACAACGUGAUGCUGUGCGUGCUGCCCGAGGCGAGUGGACAGCAUGACGUCACGCUGGACAUCCAACACACCCUCAUUGAGGCGUUUUGCUGGGAGAACGAGAUCCAGCUUGUUAAGGUGGAAAAUACAGAGAGGUUAUUCACAACGUUGUGUGGGUCAAAGAAUGCUACUUGUGACGUCGCAGCCGAGGAUGACGUAUUUGAUAUGAGCUGCAUCCUCAUACAGCAACCAUCAGCUAAGAGCCCAGUUCCAGUCUCUCUGACGUCACAAUGUCGCGAGAGGAGGCGGUCAAGGCUGUCUGCGACCAGGGAGGUGCCGCCUUGAUGCACCAAAGCUACAUUCACUCUCAGAAACGUUCAUGCCCUUUCCCGGAGAAGCAGAAUUACUGAGGAAGACAGAGAGACACGGUAUAUCGACGAUGUUCAAUGGUAUACUGAAAGGGCUGAUGUCUGCUUCAAAGAAGUAUCCACUGCUUCCUGUGGAAUGUCGUCUGUUUCAAAGAAGUAUCCACUGCGUCCCGAGGGAAUGUCGACUGCUUCAAGGAAGUAUCCACUGCUUCCUGUGGAAUGUCGUCUGUUUCAAAGAAGUAUCCCCUGCUUCGUAGAAGUGUCCACUUCUUUGUAUGGGAAUGUCGACUGCUUCCAAGAAAUGUCGACUGCUUCGUAUGGAAAUGUCGUCUGCUUCAAAGGAGUAACCACUUCGUUGUAUAGAAAUGUUUGCCUCAAAGAAGCGUCCAAUUAUUCAUCUGGACAUGCCUGCUUCCAAGGCGUAUCCACUACUUUAUAUGGAAAUGUCGUCUGCUUCAAAGAAGCAUCCCCGUUUUUGUGUGGAAAUGUCGUCUGCUUCAAAGAAGCAUCUACUUCCCUGUAUGGAAAUAUCCUUCCUUUAUAGGCGAAUUCUCUUUUUCAAAAGGAAACAUUGUCCCAGCAGUUUUGACUAAAUCAGUGAGCCAGCUAGCCGGUGAGCGACAUACAUAUAAUAACAUACACACAGUAACUUGAGCGCUCGUAAAAAUGUCCAAUUACUGUUGUGUUUGCGAUUAUUUCAAUCUACCAUUGUGAAUAUCGAUCCAAAGAAAGUGUUAAGAGGACAAGCUUCAAGAUUACGUUGCACAUUAAAGGUUAAUUAUGAAACUGCAAUGGUUUGCAGAUUUAUAGUGAAUUCUUUGGUAUAAAGAAGGCAGGAUGCGUGCACCAAGGUAUAGGUCCAGUGUGAAACCCGCGAAGAUCCGGGGUGGACUAGGUCUUCAGCAACCUAUGAGGCGACUAACGGGAUCGGGUGGUCAGGCUCCCUGACUUGGUUGAUGCAUGUCAUCGUAUGUCAUUUGCGUGGGUCGAUGCUCAUGAUGUCAAUCACUGGAAUUUCUUGUCCAGACUCGAUUAUUUACAGACCCCCGUCAUAUAGCUGGAAUAUUGCUGAGUGCAGCGCUAAACAACAAACAAACAAACACUAGCUGUGACCGACUCAGGUGCAUGCGCCAAGGACUAUCUGGUGACCACAAGUACAUCGUCAUCCGAGCUAAUGAGAAUACGUGCACAGAGGUCACCAAUUAAGUGGAUCUCGUUACUUCUUUGUCGAUGAGACCUGCAGGCGUUGUUUUUCCAGAGUAAUAGGUUUCACUCUCGUCAGUUUGGUCACGUUUUCGUGAGCUUGUUCGCCGGGAUAUCAUCCUUCAAAGGAUAAUGUGAAAAUUGUAUCCAGGAUGUUGUUGCAGAAUAAAACUUGAUAUUA